AUGCGUGAAAACGACGAGAAGCCGAUCAUUGAUGGUCAUGGAAAUCCAGGGAUGUGGACAGCCAACAUGAACAUGCCGAUGUUUCCUUUUUGGAUAAACUCACGAGAAAACUAUCAAGCAGCAGCCGCGGCUCAAGCUGGCAUGUUGCAUCCGGCGCCAUUUGAUGGAUUUUACCCGACAAGAUGGGAACCUUCUGGUGCCUACGAUCCACCAAAACUCUCCGAUUCCGGAAGCACGCAAAUGUUUUUCCCUCCGCAAAUCCCGUCCGCCGCAUUUGCUUCAUCAAGCCCCCAAGGCGCUAAUUCAGCCGAGCCACCAUAUCCAACCGAUCCAUUCCCAUCAACGUCGACAGCGGGCACUCCACUCGCACACAGUUCCAUCAAUGCUCUGCAGAAUAACUAUAAAUUGGAAAAUGUGAUGAAUCCUCCUAGUGCCAUGAAUGCUUACUACAUGUAUCCAUCAUUUCCAGCUUCUGAUUACAGUUUUUUGACUAAUUGGAAAACGCCAUCGAUGAAACGAGAGUCCGCUAAUCCCACCUAUCGUACUGGACCCGGCACAAACAAUGUUCGAGUGCGGACUGCUGAGAAAUAUCGGAAUGUCUACUCGGAUCAGCAACGACUUCAGCUUGAAGCGGAAUGGCAGCUGAACAAUUUCAUCACCGCUGAUCGAAAAGCCGAGCUUUCGACGAAUCUGCAAUUGACGGAGAGGCAGAUAAAGAUUUGGUUUCAGAAUAGACGAGCCAAGGAGCGUCGCGAGAACAAAAAGAAACCUUCA